CGCUUAGUGCUACACCAACGCCAUCAAGACCAGAAGUUUCAAGAGGGUCCCCGGGUAAACGCACGUAAAUCUUAUGAAAUGACAAUCAUUACAUUGAAUUCCAGAAGUUUUAGUGAAAUCCAAUUUUAGAUUAUCUAGACCAGUACUUAAUAGUAUUAGAAUCUAAGAUGAGGGUUUGGUUCUAUUCAUAGCCCAUCAACUGAAUAUGCAUGACCCAUAGUCUAGUAUUGCUGUCCCACAGGAACUAGAACCCAUUACGAUAUUCCAAUACCGGUUUUGUUAUCUGAUUAGUUGACUAUUCAUAAAUGCUUAUCUUUGACAAGACUUUCGAUUUGAAAUUUUUUGUUCAAGUCUUUCAAGGUUAUGCUGAUGGGUUUUCGUUAGCAUGUAAGCUGGUUGCAUAAACGUUCAUAUUGUUUUUAAUGAUGACUUGGUCGUAUUUUAUGUUAAUUUUAGCUUUACCUCAAUCAAUGAGUGAAUAUAUUCGAAGUCCUCUGAUAAGAUUAAUGUAUGAAAAGUUGGAUCAUCAAAAUAAACAUUCGAACUCAAAUCAUGACCAUUGGUAUGAUUAUCGCACUGAAUAUGUAGAUUCCGAACUUCGGGAUAAGUUUAUUAAAUCGAAACAAGAUGAAGAAACUUGCAAAUUUUUAGAAAAUUGCUAUAUCAAGUCUGACUGGUUAUUUACACACUUUUAUCAUGCCAUUGCUAAAGCUGUUUUAACUUGGUUCAUGACUUCAACUUCUAUAAAUGGUUUAGUUGGUCGUGGUUCUAUGUUUGUUUUCUCAUCGGCACAAUUUCUUCGCUUACUUGAUGUUAACGAUAGCUUCAAAUGGAAUUCUUUACUCGACUUAGGUGCUGGUGAUGGCAAUGUGACAUUGAAAAUGGCGCCUUACUUUAAAGAUAUUUUCGUCACAGAAAUUUCUCCAGUUAUGCGUUGGCGUCUAAGUAAACAUGGCUUUACAAUAUUAGACGUUGAUUCUUGGGAAUUAGUGAAUAAAGAAUUGAAUACACCCAAAAUUCCAUCUCAUUUUGAUGUUAUUAGUUGUUUAAAUUUAUUAGAUCGUUGUACAGCUCCGAUUACUUUGUUGAAACGGAUUAAUCAAGCUUUGAAACCUACGACGGGCAUUUUAAUUCUUGGAAUAGUUUUACCAUUGAAACAAUAUGUUGAAACAACUCGUGAUCAACGUCCUAUUGAAGUGCUUGAAAUUAUUGACAAUGAAUUAUGGGAAAUACAAUUGUCUAGCUUAAUUAAUAAUAUUCUUAUACCAGCUAAUUUUCAUGUUCUACGUUGGACACGUUUACCUUAUUUAUGUGAAGGUGAUUUUUCUAAAUCAUUUUACUAUUUAAAUGAAAUUGUACUUGUUUUGCAAACUGUAACAUCUAGUAUUUGAAAGAAAAUAAUCUACUUCUAAGCAAACAAACAGAUUAAUGAUUUCAUAAUAUUUUAUAUUAAUAUUGAUACUUUUAUCAACCUAAAUUGUUUCUUAAUUUUAUUCUGGUGAACAUUUCAAAUGUACAUGAUUACCAUUAUUAUUGGUGUUUGUGAGAACUUUCAUUGUUUAUUUUGAAAUAGAUACUAUUGAUUUCAAUACAAUAAAGAAGUUUAUUGACUUUUUAA